CACAACACAACACAACCCAAUCAUACCCACAAACCGCCCCGCAAGCCAAGCAUGGACACUCUCCGCCACCGCGCCGCCCAGAUCCCACUCAAGCUCCAGCAACAAACAUCCCACAUCCAAGCCCAACUGCACGAACACGUCCCCGAUUCCCCUCAAGCCGCACGGGAUCGAUUCCUUCAGCUGCCCAGGGACAUCCAACUCCUCUGUAUCGUAUCCGCCCUCGCUAUCCCGGGCUGCCUGAUAGAAGACCCCUCAUUCUUCGCCUACUCUCCGCGGCAACUCUGCGUCUUCAUCGCCAAAUGCAUCGGCGCAUUUCUCAUUGCGCGUUUGGCUGUUACCGCGAAAGAAGCCGUUGACGGGAAGGGGUGGGCGAUCCCGUUUCUGCCGUGGAACUGGGGCCCUCGGUAUCGACGGGAGGGCGAGAGCAUAGCGUACGAGGAAGAUACGCCUGCUGGUACUCCAUCGCACAGCCCGACUUCGGCUGCCGAUGAUGAAAACGACGAGGCGCAUAGCUCCGCGGUGAAUUUCCCUCUCCCGCCGACGCCUAUGCUGCCUCGCUCUAUGCGCCCGGAGGCGAGUACGCCGGCGCAGCAUCGCUCGGGGAUUAUUGGGCCGUCGCCGCAUCCGGGUAAGGUUGUGCGGUUUGCUGAGGAGCAUACUGCGGCGAGCUAUCGGUUUAAGCACUUCAGGGGUACGGGGUUUGGUGUGCGGGAUGGGCGGUGCGGUAUUGCGGUCAAGGAAGUGGAGGAAGGUGAUGAGGGGGAGAACGCGGAGGGGGAGGAUGAUCUGGACGACGAGAUGGUGGGCUGGGGCGUUGGGGGUGCGCUGGAGUAA